ACCAAAUCCACCAGCCUUGGUCAGUCAUUCAAGGCUCUUCUCGGCCAGGUGCGGUGGCUCACUCCUGUCAUCACAGCACUUUGGGAGGCCGAGGCCGGCAGAUCACAUGAGGUCAGGAGUUCAAGACCAACCUGGCCACAUGGUGAAACCCCAUCUCUACUAAAAAUACAAAAAUUAGCCAGGUGUGGUGGUGCAUGCCUGUAGUCCCAGCUACUCUGGAGGCUGAGGCAGGAGAAUUGCUUGAACCUGGAAGGUGGAGGUUGCAGUGAGCCAAAAUCACGCCACUGCACUCCAGCCUGGGCAACAGAGCAAGACUCCAUCUCAAAAAAAAAAAAAAAAAACAAACCGUAGGCCGGGCAUAGUGGCUCACGCCUGUAAUCCCAGCACUUUGGGAGGCCGAGACGGACAGAUCACAAGGUCAGGAUUUUAAGACCAGCCUGGCCAAUAUGGUGAAACCCCGUCUCUACUGAAAAAAAAAAAAAAUACAAAAAUUAACCAGGCGUGGUGGCGGGUGCCUGUAGCCCCAGCUACUCGGGAGGCUGAGGCAGGAGAAUAGCUUGAACCCGGGCGGCGAAGGUUGAGUAAGCCGAGAUUGCACCACUGCACUCCAGCCUGGGCGACAGAGCGAGACUCCAUCUCAAAAAAAAGAGUAGUAAGUUCCACCCACCUCCCAGUAUGGUGACUUGCCAUGGCAUCUGGCACCCCUGACAGUUCUCUUCACACUGCCAUGGGGGCUCUGGCACUCCCACACCAUACCCUAGGGCAGGGUCCCUUCCUCGGCCUCUGUCCUCAGCCCCUCUGAGGUUAGAGGAGUUGGAACCCAGGCUCCCCAUUCCCCUCUCCCAGGUGCCCCAUGGCAGCCCAGACUCUGUGUCUGCAGUUCAGGGGCCGGGAGUCAGGAGGGCAGGCACAAAGCGUUCUCGGGAAGAACUGGCAAUCGGGUGCAAGGGUAUCAUCUGCCCGGGUGCUCUGGGCACCCUGGAGUCCUUUCCCCACCUCCCACCCCCACCUGAUCCUUCCCAGCUGCCACCAUUCCUCUCCCACCAUACCACCCAGGCCAAAAUCACUCCAUCCACGACGCCUACAGUAGCCCAGCGUAGGUCUCCCUGGACCACAUUUGUCCUCAAGGGCCUGUGUCCUUAUCCCCCCUUCACCCCCAACUGUCCCCCGCCACAGCCAGCCCUCUGUUCCUCUCAUACCCCAAGCUCAUUCCUACCUUCACUGGCCUCUUACUUCCCAGCUGAAAUGUCACCUCCUUAGCGGAGCUUUCCCAGUGAGAUAACCUCCCCGCUCCCCGCAGAGCUCUCCCAUCACCCAGGGUGUUUCCUUCAUGGAACUCAUGACAAUGUGAGGUUGCCAUGUUUCUUUGCUAAGAGGUUUCUUGUGUAAACACCAGGAAGGAAAGGACCUGUGCCUGUCCUCUUCCCUAAGCACUUGAAUGAAUGAAUGAAUGAAUGAAUGAAUGAAUGCGGUAUGGGUGCCUGAGUGAGCAGGACCUUGAAUAAGUGUGAGGUCCUCUCUAGGCUUCAGCUUCCUCCGCCUCCUCCCCUCACCGCAGCCGCCUUCCUCCACCCAUCCCCACCAUCCCAGCUGCUGUGAAAUGGGCAAAUGUCUUGCCUCCAGGACCUGGGAAGGGUGAUGCAGCUCACCUCCCUCCUGUUCACACCCCAGCCACCCCAGCCGGGUCCCAGCCACCCACACAGCACCUCCUCCUGGCCCCGCCCUGCCCAGCCCCUCCCAGGUGCCUGAGGUGGAGCCGCCAGUUCCCACAGCACCCCAGCGGCCUGCCAUGGGGGGUCUAAGGCCCUGGGCCCGAUACGGGCUCCUGGUUGUGGCCCACUUGCUGGCCCUGGGGCUUGGGGCUGUGGUGUUCCAGGCCCUGGAGGGGCCUCCUGCAUGCAGGCUUCAGGCUGAGCUCAGGGCAGAGCUGGCAGCCUUCCAGGCAGCGCAUAGGGCCUGCCUGCCACCUGGAGCUCUGGAAGAGCUGCUGGGCACUGCCCUGGCCACCCAGGCCCAUGGGGUGUCCAGCCUGGGCAACAGCUCAGAGGGUAGGACCUGGGACCUUCCCUCAGCCCUGCUCUUCGCUGCCAGCAUCCUCACCACCACAGGUUAUGGCCACAUGGCCCCACUAUCGCCAGGCGGAAAGGCCUUCUGCAUGGUCUAUGCAGCCCUGGGGCUGCCAGCCUCCUUAGCUCUCAUGGCCACCCUGCGCCAUUGCCUGCUGCCUGUGCUCAGCCGCCCACGUGCCUGGGUAGCGGUCCACUGGCAGCUGUCACCAGCCAGGGCUGCGCUGCUGCAGGCAGUUGCACUGGGACUGCUGGUGGCCAGCAGCUUUGUGCUGCUGCCAGCGCUGGUGCUGUGGGGCCUUCAGGGCGACUGCAGCCUACUGGGGGCCGUCUACUUCUGCUUCAGCUCGCUCAGCACCAUUGGCGUGGAGGACCUGCUGCCCGGCCACGGCCGCAGCCUGCACCCCGUGAUUUACCACCUGGGCCAGCUCGCACUUCUUGGUUACUUGCUUCUAGGACUCUUGGCCAUGCUGCUGGCAGUGGAGACCUUCUCUGAGCUGCCGCAGGUCCGUGCCAUGGGGAAGUUCUUCAGGCCCAGUGGUCCUGUGACUGCUGAGGACCAAGGUGGCAUCCUAGGGCAGGAUGAACUGGCUCUGAGCACCCUGCCGCCCGCGGCCCAAGCUUCAGGACAAGCCCCUGCUUGCUGAAGCGUCAGGUGACCGAGUUCAGCUCCGUAAGGUGGCGGCACCUGAGGAGGAAGCAGCCAGGAGUGGCUGGGAAAGAAUCUGGAGAUGGGGCCGCGGUGGGGGUGGGCGGGAGGCCUCAGGGAAUACUGUUAAUCAUAAAAUGAGCAACGACUUCGGCUGUUUUCAACUA